AGUCAGAGGUUGCGGUUCAGGUGGAUCCGGAUCGAGGGCGGGAGGCCGAGACCCGCAGGGAUGCUGCCCAUCGCAGAACACCUGCUGCACCUCCUGGGAUUGGAGAAGACUGCGUUCCGUUUGUAUGCCCUGUCCGGGCUCCUUCUCUCCCUGCUGUUCUUCCUUUUCCGUCUGCUGCUGCAGUUCCUGAGGCUCUGCUGGCGUUUCUAUAUCACCUGCCGCCGACUGCGCUGCUUCCCCCAGCCGCCCCGGCGCAACUGGCUGCUGGGCCACCUAGGCAUGUAUCUCCCAAAUGAGACAGGCCUCCAAGAUGAGAAGAAGGUGCUGGACAACAUGCACCAUGUGAUCCUGGUGUGGAUGGGACCUGUCCUGCCACUGGUGGUUCUGGUGCACCCUGACUACAUCAAGCCCCUGGUGGGUGCCUCAGCUGCCGUUGCCCCCAAGGAUGACCUUUUCUAUGGCUUCCUGAAACCUUGGCUGGGAGAUGGGCUGCUGCUCAGCAAAGGUGACAAGUGGAGCCGGCACCGCCGCCUGCUGACACCCGCCUUCCACUUCGACAUCCUGAAGCCCUACAUGAGGAUCUUCAACCAGUGUGCCAACACUAUGCAUGCUAAGUGGCGGCGCCUGGCAGACGGCUCAGACGUCUCCCUUGACAUGUUUGAGCAUGUCAGCCUAAUGACCCUGGACAGUCUUCAGAAAUGUGUCUUCAGCUACAACAGCAACUGCCAGGAGAAGAUGAGUGAUUACAUCUUGGCCAUCAUUGAGCUGAGCGCACUGGUGGUCCGGCGUCAGUAUCGCCCGCAUCACCACAUUGACUUCAUCUACUACCUCACAGCAGAUGGACGGCGCUUUCGGCAGGCCUGUGACACUGUGCAUCGCUUCACCACGGAGGUCAUCCAGGAGCGGCGGCGGGCGCUACGCCAACUGGGGGCUGAGGCCUGGCUUAAGGCCAAGCAGGGCAAGACCUUGGACUUCAUCGAUGUGCUGCUCCUGGCCAGGGAUGAAGAUGGGAAGGAACUGUCAGAUGAGGACAUCCGAGCUGAGGCAGACACCUUCAUGUUUGAAGGUCACGACACAACAUCCAGCGGGCUCUCAUGGGUGCUGUUCAACUUAGCCAAGUACCCAGAGUACCAGGAGAAGUGUCGGGAAGAGAUCCAGGAAGUCAUGAAAGGCCGGGAGCUUGAGGAGCUAGAGUGGGAUGAUCUGACCCAGCUGCCCUUCACCACUAUGUGCAUCAAGGAGAGCCUCCGCCAGUUCCCACCUGUGACUAUUGUCUCCCGCCGCUGCACAGAGGACAUCAAACUCCCAGAUGGGCGCAUCAUCCCCAAAGGAAUCAUCUGCCUAGUCAGCAUCUAUGGGACCCACCAUAACCCUACAGUGUGGCCUGACUCCAAGGUGUACAACCCCUAUCGCUUUGACCCGGACAAUCCACAGCAGCGCUCUCCGCUGGCUUACGUGCCCUUCUCUGCAGGACCCAGGAACUGCAUCGGACAGAGUUUCGCCAUGGCUGAGAUGCGCGUGGCCGUGGCGCUAACGUUGCUGCGAUUCCGCCUGAGUGUGGACCGAACGCGCAAGGUGCGGCGGAAGCCGGAGCUCAUUCUACGCGCGGAGAAUGGGAUCUGGCUCAAGGUGGAGCCGCUGCCUCCACGGGACUGAGGGUCAGCGCCCCCUGCGGAUCCCGGGGGCCCAAGCCCCGCCCAGAGAGGCCCGGGUUCCGCCCCCGAGGGCCCAGGCCCCGCCCUCAAAAUCCUGAGGGCACAGACCAUACCCCUCGAAGUCCAGGCUCAUUAAGCAGCCUGAUGGCGCAGGUCACACCAGCUCAAGGCAAAGCUCUGCCUCUGGAGGGUCUGGUCCCGCCCCUUGAGGUCCAGGUCCCGCCACCUUAGUGCCAGUUUCUGCUCUCUUGUUUGAGGGACCAGGAUUGGCCACGCCCCUCGGGCUCAGGCCCCACCCCAUCAUCCUUCAGAUUGCGUCUUCAGGCCUCGCCCACUGAGUCUUCCAAGGACCUAAGAGCUGACAACUUAGGCCUCCAGGUUAUAAGCCCAGUCUACCUCAGAUCCUGGCUGGCUUUUAAAUUGAGGACUUGAGAACUGGAACCUGAGAUCAGAACCUUGAACCUGAACACCACCUUCUUCAGGCCCCCAGCUCAUAAGGAUGAACUCCUCAGGAAUCAGGCUGCAUCCCAAGGCCCAGGAUGUGUGUUGUUGAUUUGUAAACCCAGACUCUCCCUUCUCAAGCUCCUUCCUCCCUCCCUUGCUCAAAGGCCCUUUGCCAAGUGUCCUGAUUUUUGUAGAAUAAAAGCAAGGUAUGCAGACAUCCCCCAUCAUCCAUCCUCUAGCCAGGUCAGAUCCUUACACCUAGAUUCCAGCAAGGAAAUAAGGCUUCCUGGACAGUUAGGAAGCUGUGGACUAGGAGGCUGGGAGGACAUUUGUCUUUGGACAUAAACUCAGAAUUUUGGAGACAGUUUGUGUAUUCACUUAUUUUAACAUACCACAUAGUAAGUGUCUACUGGCACUGGGCUAGGAGUACAACACCAGGUGAAUUCCUGCCUUAGGAGGAUGGAGGACAUAUGUUGGACAAAUAAUCCCAUGGGUAAAUUUAAUUAGAACUUGUGACAAGUGCUCCACAAGAGAGGCCUUGGUACUGGGCAAGCAUAAUGGGGGUGGAGGGUGGCUCAAGGAAAGCUACUCUUAUGCUGAAGUUGGAGUAGAAUUUGAGUGGUGUUACGGGAGAGAAGAGCAUUCCAGGCAGCAGAAACAGCAUCUGCAAAUGUCUUGAGGUGGGGGAAAGUGUGGUGUUCUCAUGGAACUCACAAGGGACCAGGGUGGUUGGAUCUGGGGAGUGGGGUCAGAGUGGAGGAAUGGUGGGCAGGGCCCAACAGCGCAGGACUGUGGGCCACAUCACAGUUCAGGCUUUAUGUGGAGGGCAAUAGGGAGCUAUAGAGUGUGUGUGAGCAAGGGCAGGAGAGGUUAAUGGUCAGAUCUGGGCUGGCAGGGAGGUGGCUAGGAAAGGGGGAAACAGGGGGCUGGAAAUUCAGGGAAGGGAGAGGCUGAGGUCCAGGUGGGACAGGAGGGGUGACUAGCUAGCUGUGAGGGCUGCGGGGAGGGAGGAGGUAAGGAUGAUUGCCAAGUCUUUGGCUGGAGGAGUAGUCUUUGGCCUGCUACAGAAGGUGGGGCAGUGACAGUGACUACAAUAAUCUUAUUAAUUCAUCAAAUACUUUUUGAGCAUCUGCUGUGAGACAGGCAGUGUUUGAAUUCUUGUGUCAUUGACAUUCUGGGCGGGGGGGGGGAAGACAGAUGACACAUAAUAAAUAAAUAAAUAAGUUCACACAGCCUUGGAGGCCAUUGAAAGAAUUUUGAGUUUUAUUGUGACAGAAAUGGGGAGCCAUGGAGGGUUAUGAGCAAAGGAGAGACAAGAUUUGUCUUACAGUCUUGGGCUGCUGUGCUGAAUAGAGACUGCGGCAAGGAUGGGAUGAGGAAGAUCAGAUUGGGUGUGUGUGUGUGUGUGUGUGUGUGUGAUGAUGGUGGCUCUACCCAAGCUGGGGGCUGUGAAUAUGCAAAGGGACAGUUGGAUUAUGAUGAGAAAUGAUUGUUUUAUGAAGGUAGUGCUGGCAGGUCUGCAGACAGAUGGAAUGUGGGUUUGGGAGAAUGGGAGGAGCCAACGUUUGGGUCUGAGCACCCGGAAAAAUGGAAGUGCUAUCAAUUGAGACGGAAAAUCCCAAAAGGAGUAAGUGGGUUUUUGUGUGUGCGCGCCUGUGUGUGGGGGCGGGGAUGAGAUCAGUAUGUUCGUUUGAGCCAGGAGGAGUUGGAGAUGUCAAGUUGGCAGUUGGAUAGGUGGGCCCGGAAUUUGGGAGACAGUUCGGGUCUGGUGAUGUACAUCUGGAGAGGCUCAAUGUUUAGAUAUUUGAAAAGCCUCAAGACUGGGUGAGAUUCCCCUGGGGUGUGUGUGUGUGUGUACAGAGGAGGGGUUUAAGGACCAAGCCCCAGGGGGCUCCAAAGUUAAUAAUGAGAUAUAAAUAGAGUGAAUGCUUCCUGUGUGCCCUUCCCAGAUAUUCUCAUUUUAUUCUCAAGGGUUCUGUUAUUAUGAGAUGAGUACUGUUACUAUCUCAUUUAAGGGAGGUGGAAACAGUUCCCCAGAGUGAAAUGACUCACUUAAGGCCCUACAUCGAUAUCCUUGGGACCUCAGAGGGCGCCUUGAGUCCUUUUCUACCCUAUCUCUCCGGCGCCUGGUCCUGGCUGGGUCCCUAGCCCCUCUUUGCCCAGAAGAGGGUAUCCACAGGGAUGGGGUAGGGUAGCGGGGCAUGGAGAUGAGGCAAACCUGGGAGGCCGAUCCUGGGGCGCCCCCAGGUGGCGUGUGGUGGGAUCGUCGGCCAGAAGCCCCUGUAAGAGGCUACCCUCGGACUGAGUGGGAAAUAUGCGGUCCCGGGGCCUAGAGGAGCCACCUGGCUCUUACUAAUGCUACCUCUUCCACAUCUUCGUCCAGACUCAGGGUCUCCAAGCGCACAUCAUUCCCUGAACAUUAUACCGAACUCUCCCUCCCGCCUCACCCCCGCUUCCAUGCAACCCUGUCAGACACCAGCAAAAAUAACUUGGCCUUUGGAGG